AUGUAUUCUGCAGAAGUAAAGGCGCUCAUUAAUGAGGGUUCCAAAGCUUAUUCCCUUAGGGACUAUGAUUUGGCUGCCUCAAAAUACGCCGAUGCAUGUGCUGCUUUCAAUGAGGAGAAGGAAAAGGAUUGCCCUGAUCUUCUUCUUCUAUACGGAAAGGCCUUAUUCCAAUCCGGUGUAUCUAAGUCAGGUGUUCUAGGUGGAUUUUCUGCUUCAAAUCAAAUCUCUAAGAAUGAAGAAGCAACUGCAGAGGAAGAAAAUUUCGAAGAAGGAAUGGCUAACGAGGAGUCCGAAGUAGCCGCAGAAGAAGAGGAAGAAGGUGUCGAGGCAGGCGCAGAAGAUGAAGAGCAGGAGGAGAUCGCGCAUAAUAAUGAUGAUAAUGUAAAUGAGCAAGAGGAGGGAGCCCAAGAGGAGGAACAAUCUGAUUUCGAGGCAUCGUGGGACAUUCUUGAUCUUGCAAGAGCACUCUUUGAAGAAAGACUCAGUGGCUUGGAUCAGAAGGCAGACGGGUUGGCAGUACCGUAUUUGAAAUCCGAUCAAGACAUUCCUACAAAUGAGUACCUUGUCAAUUUGAAAAAACUAUCAGAGACUUAUGACCUCUUGGGAGAAGUAUCCCUCGAAUCUGAAAACUUCCCACAAGCUGCAGGCGACCUUGAAUCUUGUUUGGAGAUCCGCAAAAAAUUAUAUGACGAAUCGGUAUCCUCUCUAGUAUCUGAAAGUCACUACAAAUUGUCUUUGGCCCUUGAAUUCUGUGUCGAAGAUCCACAACUGAGAGCGAAAGCGGCACAACAUAUGAAGAAUGCCAUUGGCAUCGUAGAAAUCAGAAUAAAGAAUGAAUCCAAUGAAACUAAGAAGGAAGAUGACGCACAAUUACUUCAAGAACUUGAGGAAAGACACGAAGAACUCAAAAAGGACCCCGAGGAGGAGAUAAGAAACCAGCAAAUGCACAUCAUUAAGGGUAUUCUAGGUGAAGCUACUUCCGAAGAGUCUGGCCAAGCCAAGCUUGUCUCUGUUGUGCAAAGUAAGGUAAAUGACUUGUCGUCUAUGGUUAAGAAGAGGAAGGCACAACCCGGUGGACCCGGUAAAAAGCAGAAAAAAUAA